AUGUCCGAAUUCGUCAAUGUCCCCGAGUUCUUCUCCAGCGUCUAUCUGGUCGACUUCUCACCUUCGCUCUGCGAGGUGGCUCGCAAGCGGUUUGCCCGCCUUGGCUGGACGAACGUCAAGGUGAUCUGCGAGGACGCGAGGAAGUUCCGCCUCGAGGACUAUGAGAGUGGUCUCUAUCGGGGCGGCACGACUCCCACGCGCGCCUCCUCCAGCUACUUCACGCCCAGACCGGACCACGGCGGUGCCGACCUGGUCACCAUGUCGUACAGUCUGUCCAUGAUCCCCGACUACUACUCGGUGGUCGACUCGCUGAUGUCGCUUCUUUCGCCCGAGGGCAUUAUGGGGGUCGUCGACUUUUACGUUCAGUCCAAGGUCGACGUGAGCUUCCGGAACCACACCGGUGGUCUCGUUGGCCGCCACGUGAACUACCUCGGACGGACCUUCUGGCGCGCGUGGUUUGAGCUCGAUCGGGUCUCUCUCGAACCCGGCCGCCGCGACUACUUGGAGUACCGGUUCGGGACAAUUCUCACGGCCAAUCUCCGAAAUAGCAAACUGGGAUCGAUCCCGUACUAUAUCUGGCUGGGCUGUCACAAAAAGCCCUUCCCCUCGUCGAGCUUGCCCCACGAGAUCGUGGAACGCAUUGAUGCGCUCGCUACGGAGUCGCCGUAUCUCUUCCCAUCUAACAAGCGGAACGGAACGAACGCUCUGACACGCGCGGUGGAGAGGACAGCCCCGGAGAUCCGGUCCAAGGCGUUCGACGCUGCUGUCGGGAAUCUGUCCGCCAACGUUCCCCUCCCGUCGUUUUUUUACCAGAACCACCACUGGCGUAUCUACUACGAUGACCAGCUCGAGAAGCACACCCAGUUCAACGACGAGUACAUCUACGCCUUCACCUGGGAGGACUCCCGGGUCGACGCGGAGCUGCUGAAGCUCGGUCCGGACGACGUCGUCUUGGCCAUCACGAGCGCCGGAGACAACAUCCUCUCGUACGCCAUGCAGAGCCCGGCCAGGAUCCACGCCAUCGACCUCAACCCUAGCCAGAACCAUCUGCUGGAGCUCAAGGUCGCUUCCUUUACGGCGCUGCCUUACGAGGACUUCUGGAAGAUCUUCGGCGAGGGCAAGCACCCGGAGUUCCGGUCACUGCUGCUGUCCAAGCUGUCCCCUCACCUGUCCAGCCGCGCGUUCCAGUACUGGCUCGAGAACGCCGCCAUCUUCACCAACACUCGCGGCCGUGGGCUCUACGACACCGGCGGCAGCAAGCACGCCAUCCGCGUGUUCCGCUGGAUCUCAUGCGUAUUCGGAUGCCGCAGGGCAGUCAAGGGGCUCCUGGAAGCGAAGACGCUCGACGAGCAGCGCCACAUCUGGCACUCCAAGAUCCGCCCGGCCCUGCUCAGUCCCCUGGUCAGCAACCUGGUCGUCAGCUCCGAAGCCUUCCUCUGGGCGGCCCUCGGCGUUCCCAAGAACCAGCUCGCCAUGAUCGAAGCCGACCACGCGACCAGCAGAGCCGUCACCGGACCGUCGCCAACCGCCAAGAACACCCGCGCCCACGCCAUCUGGCACUACAUGGUCAACACGCUGGACCCGGUCAUCGAAACCACCCACGUUGCCACCGACAACCCGUACUACCGCGUCUGCCUCGCCGGCGACUUCUCGCCCGACUGCCACCCGGACUACCUCACGCGCGAGGCGCACGCCAUGCUCAGCCGGCCGGGCGCGCUCGACGGCCUGCGCAUCCACACGGACGAGAUCGACGAGGUGAUCGCGCGCAUCACCCCGGGGACGCUGACGGUCGCCAUCGUCAUGGACAGCAUGGACUGGUUCGACCCGCCUUCGUCGGGUAACGGCGGCGGCAUGGCCGCGCGGCAGAUUGCCAAGCUCAACCGCGCGCUCAAGACGGGAGGGCGCGUGCUGCUGCGCAGCUCGGCCCGCGAGCCGUGGUAUAUCCGCGAGUUUGAGGCCCACGGGUUCGUCGGCAAGCAGGUGGGCGAUCGCGAGCCCGGCAGCUGCAUCGAUCGCGUCAACAUGUAUGCCAGCUGCUGGGUGUGCACCAAGGUCGAGAACCUCCCGCCGCCGACGCCCGGGUCGGAGGCGGAGAUGGGUGGUCAGGCGAUUGCGGAGGAUUUGGCGCUGUUGUGA